AUGUCUUCAACCGAACAUUACCCUGGCUACUUUGCUCUUCUCUCUUAUCUUAAUGAACGCGAAUACGUAAACUGGUCGUACUAUGAGUUUUUGACACUUAACCGUGAUGUCAUUAUAUUAUCUACACCAUUAAAUACAGAUUGGAAUGGCCUAGAUGGUACAUGGCAUCGUAGAUUUCUAAAUAACGCAGAAAUGAUGCUUGAAUCAAAAGACUAUGAAAUUUUAAAGGUCAAGGGAGCUCCCGUCAGCCAUCGCCCUGACUCAGGAGUAUCAGUCAUCGUCCUGGCCCAAGUGAUGGUAGUGGCACCUCUGGUCAGCCAUCGCCCUGAUUCAAGAUUGAAUGUGAAACGCACCCAUAUUCUUGGAAGUCUCGACCUCCUAGAUAAAGCCGGGAAAUAUAAUAUUGAAGAUUUAUCCUCAGAAUUUUCAAAUUCUUUUCCUGUUAAUACGACACCUGCAUCCAAACAUGCUCUUGAUGGUUCUAACUCAGGGGAACAAGAAGAAGAAUCGGUUGAAGAAACUAUUAUUCAAGAAAUUCUUUUGCAUUCAAUUGCCGAAACCACUAAUACAUUCAGAAAUGUUGAAUUCCCCGAAUAUUAUAAUAAGCUCAAGAAAAUAUGGAGAACCCGUUCAAAUUACUAUGUAAUCGAUAUGAAAAAUCAAGAAAUAUUAAAUGAAGUACAUAAUCUUUUGGACGCGGAAGAAUUGAAAUUACUACAUGAUAGACUUUCUUCGGAAAAUGAGGACAAAUAUUUAAGUAUAAAGUCGCUUCAAUAUUUAUCAUUGUUUGAUCAGAAUAGUGAAGGUUAUUCAGAUAGUGAAGAGGUCGAAGAUGAAAUUAUUUCGGAGAUGAAAAAAGAAGUCUACAAUUUGGACGGGCUAAUAGCAAAAUUUCAAUAUCUAUCCCAUGCUCUUCCUAUCUCACUAAAACAAUAUAAUGAAUUAUUAUAUCCAGAAAUUUAUAUCAUUAAAGUGUAG